UACAGUUUAAGAGCCACUGCAAAUUCAAAUUUUGGAAAGAUGUUCCGGAAACGAAUUUGUAUAUUUUUUAUUAAAAAAAUGGCUAACGACAAGAAGGCGCAUAAAAAGAAGGCCGCGCCGAAAAAGAAGGAUAAAAAGUCCUCUAAAAGUAAAGGCAAAAAGACAAAGGAACCAGAACAGGUGAAAAAACUAGCAAAAAUAUGUCGGAUCAUCGCCGUGGCCGAUCUGAUCCAUGCGCUGUACUUCGCCUUGCAGACCAUCAUCGGGCUUGUCCUGGAGUUUAGCGCUAUUGGCCUGCUGGCAUUGGUGGGUGUCGCGUUUUGGGUGGCGAAUGUCCUUCUGUUGAUGGUGGGCCUAUGGAAGCGGCGGCCAAAUCUUGUCCGAUAUUGGCUUUUAUUUUCUCUAGCUGGCUUUGUACUGGAUAUAUUGUUUCUGCUUUGGGGCGUUGCGACUUCCAUAACCGUGGAUUGGGAUCGUCUAGGGGAGUUCACAAUAAUCUUCAUCGGCAUAUUCAUUGAAAGCGGCUGCAUUUAUGUAAUAUAUCGCUAUUAUCAAACUAUGAAUCCGAAGAAGAAAAUAUGCUGCAACAAAAAAGGCGAUAAAAAGAACCCUAAAAAGAGUACGAAAAAGGAUACCAAAAAGAAGCCUCGGAAAAAGUAA